AUGGACCCCACCGAGACGACAUUUCCGAAAACCGAAGUCACUCGUCGUGAGAGCCUCGGUUCGCAUAAUUCUCAGACCGCGAAAGAAUUUAUUGAUUCCCAGAUCCGUCUUGAAGCUGAUGCUCGAGAGAUUCUCCCUUACUCUUUUGAUUCUUGCACCUACGAAUUAGGCCCCCUCCGUCAAAGCUUGUUUGCUUGUCUGACUUGCAAUCCGCCUCCGACCAAGCCUGAGGAUGAAUAUACCCCGGCCGCCGUGUGCUAUUCCUGCUCUAUCGCAUGCCAUGGCGAGCAUACUCUAGUCGAACUCUUCAACAAGCGCAACUUCGUCUGCGACUGUGGAACAACCCGCAUGCCUUCUACCUCUCCCUGCACUUUGCGCGAUGACCCUAAAACCGGCCGAAAGGGUGUCCACUCUCAAAAAGCGGCUCCUGGAAAUAAGUACAACCACAAUUUCAAGAAUCAAUUCUGCGGCUGUCGGGAAAAGUAUGAUCCAUUCCAAGAGAAGGGAACGAUGUUUCAAUGUCUUGGUCUGGGGAAUGUCGACACUGGCGGCUGUGGUGAGGAUUGGUGGCAUCCCGAGUGUCUAAUUGGUUUGCCGCGCGACUGGCACAAGCAGCUCCAGCAUAAGAAGACCACGGCUUUGGGUAGCACUGAUGGUACUGGGGAUGAUGCAGUCGAUGAUGCGGCCGAGGAGGAAGAGAUGCCACUCCCUCCCGGAUUCCCCGCUGAAGACGACUUUGAGCAAUUUAUCUGCUACAAGUGUGUCGACUCGGUACCAUGGCUCAAGCAAUAUGCAGGGACCCCGGGCUUCCUGCCAGCAGUCUAUUACAACAGUGGAAUGGAUGGCCCUGCAGAAGAAGUGCAAGUGACAUCAGAUGCUACCAAGGCCUCUAAUCAGGAAGAGACCAACUCAAGGAAGCGCAAGGCCGAUGACGAUGAGCCAGAGACAAGGGAGCCCGCUGCAAAGAAGCCUCGAGAGGCCGAACAGCACGCAAAUGAGGCCACUAAAACGGAAACCACCGAAGUGCCCGCCAAGGAUGGCCAGCAAUCGUCUGCCGUCUCAAAGGCAACCUCCCCUGUUCAAUCGGCGGAAUCUUCCCCUUUGACUAAUAACAACCAGGCUGGGGCGUCAGACUCGGCCCAUUCCAAGCCCAAGCACGCCCUCCUUCCAACUUCUCCCCCGAAAGCUUCCUUCUCUCUCUUCCUCCUCGAUAACUUCCAAGACAACCUAUGUCGCUGUGCGGAGUGUUUCCCCAAACUAGCGCCCUUCCCGCAACUUCGCGAAGAAGAAGAAACCUACGAACCACCCUUGUCAGACGAUGGCGAGAACGGUAACGGAAAUGGCGCCCGCAGCACAGGGACGGGUAGCUUACUCGAGCGUGGUGAAGCCGCUUUGAGUAAUAUUGACCGUGUGCGGGCUAUCGAGGGGGCUAUGAUCUACAACCAUCUUCGCGACAAGGUGAAAGAUUUCCUCAAGCCGUUUGCUGAGAGUGGCCAGGCUGUCAGCGCCGAGGAUAUCAAGGGUUAUUUUGAGAAGCUGCGAGGUGAUGAGCAGGGUAUUAAAGACGCAGCCAAACAGGCUUCUACUAUGGAAGAAGGCGGUGGUGGCGGUGGGCAGGAUCACCGUGACGAGCAGAGUAGCCACUAG